UUAGCAAACAAAUUACUUCUAUUUCUUUUUGUUAAAAUUUCUAUACAAAAUGAAGACAAUUUUCUUCUUUAUAACUCUUGCUGUUCUUGUUUCAUCCUUUUCAUUUUCUUUUGAAUUAUUUUUAGGUGCAUCAAAUAUUAUGACAAAAUCUAUUCCAGAAGAAAAAAUUCAGUUUUCCAAUCCUCCAUUAAGCUCUGAUAUUGAUCCAGCAGACGAACAUGUUGGACACUCUCCCGACGACAUGAAAAUAUUUUUUUGUCAAGAGUGUGCAUAUCAUUGUCUUGAGAAAAGAAAGAAUGUAUUUGGUUGUGAAAAUUCUAUUUGUCGUUGUACUUUCGACGACAUUCUGUAAGACAUUACUUUUUUAAAA